GUUGAUGAGUUAUCUUUAGAGAAGAAUGAUGUAACCGAUAAAGAGGAUGAGUUAUCUUUAGAGAAGAAUGAUCUAACUGAUAACGAGGAUGAGUUAUCUCUAGAGAAGAAUGAUCUAACUGAUAAAGAGGAUGAGUUAUCUCUUGAGUAG